GGGGCCUCUCCAAGGGAACUUCUGGAACCAGGGGUGCAUCCACUCAGAACCUGGAACCCACUGAGUCUGCUCAAUGAGUACUUCUGAAACAAAGGACUCUCAUGGCACCAAAAGAGAACCCUGACUAUGACGGUCAGCGGCCUAGGGAGACGCCACCUCCUGGCAAUCCUGGCACAGGAAGACCAGCAUCACCUGGAGUAUACCCCGUGUACACCCAAGUCCCACCAGGCCUGUUCCCUGGCAUAGCUCAUAUGGCAACUUCAAUCCCAGUGCCGGCCGUGUGUCCCUACUGUGGGAACCGUAUCAUGACAGUGACCACCUUUACCCCAGGCCUCCUCACCUGGCUGCUGUGCAGUGGCCUCUUUGUGUUUGGGUGCUUCCUGGGCUGCUGUCUCAUCCCGUUCUGCAUACGAAGCACCAUGGAUGUGGUCCACUCCUGCCCCUUGUGCCAUCACCAGAUUUUCUACUUCCAUCGCCUGGGAUUAUGACUAUAAACAGCAAUAAAGCAACAUCAGGGUGU